GAAGUUUUUAACACGGAGACGUGUGUGUUGAGGUCGUCCGUUAGGAGGCGCUGCUCCUUUUGUUUGUGUUGUGACGAGCGAGGUCAAAGUUGAAUGUUUGACAGAGGGAGCCCAAUAUGGAUGUCAUUUUCCACGAGAAACAAGAGGGCUCUCUCUGCGCCCAGCACUGCCUCAACAACCUGCUGCAGGGUGAGUACUUCACCCCGGUGGAUCUCUCCUCUAUUGCACAUCAGUUGGACGAGGAGGAGAGGAUGAGAAUGGCAGAGGGAGGAAUGGGUAGUGACGAGUACAGGACCUUUUUACAGCAACCAUCUGGAAACAUGGAUGACAGUGGGUUCUUUUCAAUACAAGUUAUUAGCAAUGCUCUGAGAGUUUGGGGACUGGAGCUUAUACUCUUCAACAGCCGGGAGUACCAGAGCCUGAUGAUAAAUCCAAUAAAUGAAAAAGCCUUCAUAUGCAAUUACAAGGAGCACUGGUUUACGAUUCGCAAACUUGGACAACAGUGGUUUAACUUGAAUUCACUUUUGACUGGACCAGAGUUGAUCUCGGACACGUAUUUAGCCCUUUUCCUUGCACAGCUACAGCAAGAGGGUUAUUCCAUAUUUGUGGUCCGAGGAAAUCUCCCAGACUGUGAAGCAGAGCAGAUUCUUGGGAUCAUGAGAGUCCAACAGCAACAGAGGCCUAAACUUAUUGGCGAGGACCAAGCUCAGAUGAGCGCAGGCAGAUUGGCAACAUUGGGCCAGACAGAGAUGAGCUUCAAUGUGGAGAGUGACGUCAUAGAUGAAGAUGAAGAGCUGAAGAGAGCUCUGGCGCUCAGCAAACAGGACAUUGAUGUAGAAGAUGAGGAAGCCGAUCUCCGGAGGGCCAUUCAGCUUAGCAUGCAAGGAGCCGUGUUGACAAACACUUCUUCAGAUUCUGGUAGUGCACAUGUGCGAGUGGACAGCAAGCCUGGAGGGGAACUCCGAGCCCACAAUGAGACACUCACAGCAGACGAACUAAGGAAGAGGAGGCAGGCCUACUUUGACCGGCAGCAGCACCCUGUCCAGUCGAACAUUCCUCAACAAGCCAACACAACAUCAAUAGGUUUUGUACCCCACCAUUCCCAGACCCAAAUAUCGGUCGCAUACAAGCUGAAGAUGGGCUUUGUUUUCUUGCUCAUGUGCCUCAUCGCUCCGGUGCAGCAAUCGCCGCUUCCCUACACCAGCGUUUUGAAUCUGUCGUUCAAAAAUGUAGAGUUUGCUAUGGACCUUUACCGCAAAAUAUCCACUUACCAUGACGAGAACAUCAUUUUCUCGCCUCUAAGCAUUUCCACCAGUUUUGCCGCCCUUUCUAUGGCCUCUGACGGUGCCACGUACAAGGAGAUAAUGAAAGGACUCAACCUGGAGACUUUGGAGCAAGCCGACCAGCCGGAUCUUAUUCCAAACUUGUUCCAGAUGCUCCAUGGGAACAUCUCGCAUAAUGGAGCCACUAAACUGGACCAAGCCAUGUCCCUCUUUGUUCGCCAGCACUUUAGCAUUGAGAAGACAUUUGAGGAACAGAUGAAGUCCUAUUUUUAUGCAGACAUCAACAGUGUAAACUUUGAAGACACAAAUGCAAGCAUCAGUCUCAUUAAUCAGUACAUAAAAGACAAGACAAGGGGAAAAGUGGAAAAAAUGCUCUCCGGCCUUGACCCAACGACCGAGCUCAUGAUGAUCAACACUUUCUAUUUCCAAGGUGGGUGGAAGAUGCCUUUCAACCGCAACUACACCUACAACGCACCCUUCUACGUUGACAACUACAAUAUCCGGCAAGUACCAAUGAUGUUUAAAGAGGACAAGUUUGAAACGAUGGAAGACACCCGUCUUGGGGCCCGUGUGCUGAAACUGCCCUACCUGGAGGGUGUGUCCAUGCUCAUCUUGCUGCCCAACAAAGGAGUGGACUACAAUACUAUCGAUGAUGAGAUCAAUGCAAAGAGGAUGCAUGGUUGGAUCAAAAAACUGCAGAAGACUAAACUGGAGAUCACCAUCCCCAAAUUCAAGAUGGAGAAGUCAUACUCUUUGCACGACAUUCUCCCAGAGUUGGGUUUCACCAGUCUCUUCAGCGGGUCAGCCAAUCUGACGAGGCUUAGCAAAGACAAAGGCCUUAAAGUUUCAGAGGUCAGUCUUGACACGUUGUUUGCUACAUCGCUUGAUUUUGAGCCUUUUUGUCUUGUGUCUGGUGCCGAGCAUUUUGAGAAAAUGAACACAUCGAAGACAAAAAAGAAGGGAAAGUUCUUCGCGCCUGGCAAACGGAAGAAAUUGACCAUUCAAGAAAAGGGCCAAUGGAAGGCGGUCGACUUGGAUCCCGAACUCUUCUCCGAGGAGGGUCUCGUUUGUUUUGAAAAACUGACGAAUUACUGCCUAGUAGACUCCAACAAGCUUGCAACCAAUGCAGAGAACGACCUUAAGGGAAGAAAGAAAAAAGGAAAGAAAAGGAAGUCCAGCGAAGAUGAGGUGGUCGAAAAGGGAGACGUCGAUAGCAAGCAGUCAGAAAAGAUUGCCAAACCUGCCAAGAAAAAGAAAAAAAAAGACAUAUCAGAUAAUAAACCGCCCCAACAUGAGACUGUGGAGGUGAUGCAGAAAGAACAUGAUGAGGAAAUGGAAACCGAUCAAGAGGACAGGUCCAAAGGUGCACUGUCCACUGCCAGCUUAGAUCAACCAAAAAUUAAGAAGACUAAAAAGAAAAAGAAGCUGCAAAAAGAAAAGUGCAAAGAGGAACAACACAAUGCAAGUCAAGAUAACGUGACAAGGCCCAAAAAAGUACAAAAAAACUGGACUAAUUCUACCCUUUCUGGUUCUAAAGUAAAAAAUGCAGACAUGGGUGCAUGGAAAGACCUGUUUGUCCCACCAGUAGUGAUGAAGGCCCUCAGCAGCCUUGGCUUCACAUCACCGACACCAAUUCAGGCCCUGGUGCUGCCUCCUGCCAUCCGAGAUCGCAUGGAUAUACUAGGGGCGGCUGAGACGGGAAGUGGGAAGACAUUAGCUUUUGGGAUUCCCAUGAUCCAUAACAUCCUGCAGUGGAAGGAAACUGCUGACAACACUGAUCCAAACACAUCGCAUGGAAGCUUGACAGAGCCCCCUGAAGCUGAUAUGGGCAGUUCUGAGGAGCAGGACGAGGAAGAAGGAAGUAUGGCUGACGGAGAUGAAUCUGGGGAUGAGGAUGACCACGACACUGAACAUCUAGAUCAAGAUGGGAGGCUUGGGUGCGUGGAGGUCAUCGAUGAUGCCGACAUCACUGCAGGAGAUUUGAAAGGUGCUAUCGAUCGGGCUCGCCCUCUGCUUGGACUGGUCCUCACGCCGACCAGGGAGUUGGCAGUCCAGGUUAAACACCACAUUGAUGCUGUAGCCAAGUUCACUGACAUCAAAACAGCCGUAGUGGUGGGUGGGAUGGCACAACAGAAGCAGAGGAGGAUAUUGAAUCGCCAGCCUGAAAUCCUCAUCGCCACGCCAGGACGUUUGUGGGACUUGAUCAAGGAGAAACAUCCGCAUCUUCUCAACCUCAGACAGCUCAUGACCCUGGUGAUCGACGAAGCUGACCGCAUGGUCGAACGAGGCCACUUUGCGGAGCUGGAGUCUGUGUUGGAGAUGCUGAACACCACUCAGUUCAAUCCCAAGAGGCAAAAAUUAGUCUUCUCUGCCACGCUGACCAUGACCCAUAGCCUACCCAUGCGCUUGGUGUCAAAGAAGAAGGUGCAGCAGACCGACAAGGUGGCGCUCCUCAUGGAGAAAGUGGGGAUCAAGUCCAAGCCCAAAGUGAUCGACCUGACGAGGAAGGAGGCGACGGUGGAGACCUUGACCGAGACGCAGAUUCACUGUCAGAAAGAGGAGAAGGACUUCUUCCUCUACUACUUCCUGCUGCAGUAUCCCGGGCGCACCAUGGUGUUCGCCAACAGCAUUGAGUGCAUCAAGCGGCUCAACUUGCUGCUGGUCAUCCUGGACUGCACGCCGCUCCCGCUGCACGCCAACAUGCACCAGAAGCAGCGUCUGAAAAACCUGGAGAGGUUUGCUGAGAGGGAGAGUUGUGUGUUGCUUACAACUGACGUGGCAGCAAGAGGGCUGGAUAUACCCAAUGUGCAGCAUGUCAUUCACUACCAGGUUCCCCGCACGUCUGAGACGUACAUCCAUCGUAGCGGCAGGACAGCGAGAGCUACAAAAGAGGGUCUCAGUUUGCUGCUCAUCGGCCCCGACGACAUGUUGAACUUCAAAAAGAUUUACAGGAAUCUUGGAAAGAAUGAGGAGCUUCCAGUAUUUCCUGUAGAGAGCCACUACAUGGAGGCAAUUAAGGAGCGUGUAAACUUGGCCAGGAAGAUUGAGAAGAUUGAGUUCUACAACAGCAGGCAAAAACAUCACAACUCUUGGUUGAGGCAAGCUGCAGAGGAUAUGGACAUCGAGCUAGACCAAAGCCUCUUGCUAGGCAACCAGAGGGACGAGGAGGAUGAUCAGAGGCAACAGAAGAUGGUGAAAGAGAUGAAAAAACAAUUGAAGUAUCUCAUCUCCCAGCCCAUGUACAAGAGUAUGACCAAGACCAAGUACCCCACUCAGAUGGGACGUCUGUGCCUGGCUCACCUGCCUAUCGUGGGGAAGCAAAGUGCCCUCAUGAGUGUCUCGGAGCAGCGGCAGAAAAAGAAAACUGGCCCACCGCAGCACAAAAAAGGGAAGCAGAAAAAAUACCGCCGCUAAACUCUUAUAGAAAUUUAAAUUUGAAAUCUGAGAUUUUCUGUAAUUUUAAAGACUCAUUGUAUUUAUUUCUUAAAUUACAUGAGUUGAAAGACUUUUUUUUUUUUUUUUUUUUACUUAUACCAGUAAAACAUCAGGGUUUGUCAUAAGAUCAUAGCAUUAUGUAAAGUGGCCCCAAGGUCAUGGGGCAGUUUAAUGUUACUACAUGAUUUUCUGGCAAUGCUGGUAUGUCACUGCUUAUUUUUCAUGAUCCUUUUUCUAAAAAUGUCCCAAUUUUUCAGACCUGAUUAGUGUUAAGGGUGUGAAAAAUAAUAAUGCAAAGCCUCA